AUGAUUCGUUUCAUCUUUAUCCAGAAUCGUGCUGGUAAAACACGUUUAGCAAAAUGGUAUAUGCAUUUCGAAGAUGAAGAAAAGCAAAAGUUAAUAGAAGAAGUACAUGCUCUUGUAACUGUCCGAGAUGCUAAACAUACCAACUUUGUUGAGUUUCGUAAUUACAAGAUCGUAUACCGACGCUAUGCUGGGCUCUACUUUUGCUUAUGCGUGGACAUCGCGGAUAAUAGCUUAGCAUACUUAGAAGCUAUACAUAACUUUGUUGAGGUAUUAAACGAAUAUUUCCACAAUGUUUGCGAAUUGGAUUUAGUGUUCAACUUCUAUAAGGUCUACACAGUUGUUGAUGAAAUGUUUUUAGCUGGCGAAAUUCGUGAAACUAGUCAAAGCAAAGUAUUAAAACAGUUGCUGACGUUACAAACAUACGACUAA